GCCAGAAUACGUGGCCCGACGUUUUUCAUUGCGGUCUCUUGUUUAUAUUUUUUAUUGCAAUAUUUUGUUAAGAUUUCCUCUUAAAGCCGUGAUUCGGCUUAGAGAUGAUGAAUCCGCAGUAUUUGCCUCCAGGGCAAAAUAAUAAUACACCAAAUAAUCCUCUUGGCUUCCCCCCCACAUCGCAGGACUACAAUGGUGUACAAAAUGCAAAUUUUUAUAACCAACCACCAAACGGGCAACAAUUGGCAUCUAAACCCUUUGAACCAGCAGAUGUGGCUAAUAAAAUGCAAAAUAUAAGCCUAAAUGGCCCUCCAGGAUAUCCUCCAUCUCAAAUCCCCUCAGGACAUUUACCACCUGGGCAGCUCCCAGGUGGUAAUAUCCAUCCUAAUUCAAACUUUGGUCCAGGUCAAGUUGCACCUGGGCAGCGACCAGUCGGCUUCCCUCCUGGUCGCCCGCCAGUUAGUGGCGCACCUCAACAAUUACCACCAUCAGGGCAAAAACCACCUCCAUCAUCAACUCCAGGACCAAUACCUGGUUCCCAUCCUCAGCAGAAUUUCGGCCAGAUUCCACCAUCAAGCCAACCUAAUUUUGAUCAAAAUAAGUCAUUCCCAGCAGGACUAAAUUUACAACAAGGGCCACCAAUGUCUCAAGCUCCUCCCUUAAGUCAAGCUUCUCCCUUAAACCAAGGCCCUCCUUUGGGUCAAGCUUCACCCUUGGGCCAAGUUCCUCCCUUGAGUCAAGCGCCACCCUUGGGUCAAACUCCUCCCUUGGGCCAAGCUCAAUCCAUGGGGCAAGGCCUACCAGUGCCUCAAGGCGCACAAAUAUCUCAAGCUAAUCAGCAGCCUGGAGUCUCUUCAUCAAUAGGCCAACAACCCCCAGGCCCUCCAGGUGGGCUCGGAAUACGUCAAGGUCCUUCUGGACCAGGACAAAUACCUCCACAUUCACAAUCUGCACUUCCUCAACAACCUAGAUUACAACCAGGAUUACCAUCACAACCAUCUCACGCUGUGAAACCAGGAAUGCCUCCACAUCCUCAGAUACCUGGUCAACCACAGCCUGGCUUUCAACAACCAGGGUUGCCAUCACAACCAGGGAUUCUCCCACAAUCAGGUGGUGUACCACCACCUGGAGUACCUUUACAACCAGGAGUACCCCCUCCAGUAGGAUUCCCUUCGCAGCCUGGACAAGGUGUACAGCCUCCAGGCCCCCAGCAACCUGGACUACCACCACAACCUGGACUACCAUCUCAACCUGGACUACCACCACAACCUGGACUACCAUCCCAACCUGGACUACCGCCCCAACCUGGACUACCGCCCCAACCUGGAUUACCAUCCCAACCUGGACUACCAUCCCAACCUGGACUACCACCCCAACCUGGACAUGGAUUGCCUGGACUGCAGAAUAGACCAGGGAUUCCACCACAGCCGGGCGCACCUGGGUUGCCUUCCCAGCCGAGUUUCCCGGGUCAGCCGGGUUUGCCCCAACCCGGGCACUUGCAGGGUCCGCCUGGCUUCAGUCAGCCCGGCCUGCCUCCGCAGCCUGGCCCACCGUCACAGCCCGGAGCCCAGCAGCAAUACCAAUCAAUGCCUGGUCUGCCACAUAUGCCCCCACCGCUAGCACAGCAGAGACAGUACCCUGGAAUGCCGCCCGUAAACCAACCAGGAAACCAGCCAGGAUUUGGGCAGAGUGGACCACCAGCAAAUGCUGGCUACCCAGGCAUGCCGCCGAUGCCGGCGUCGUCGCAGCCCCAGCAGUCGGGCUACCCACCGUCGGGUCCGUACCCGGCGCAGUACCCGGGUCAGUUCCCGGCGCAGCAGCCCAGCUACCCGGGGCAAUACCAUCAGCCGCAACAGAAACAACUCGACCCGGACCAGAUGCCCAGCCCGAUCCAGGUGAUGGCCGACGACCAACAGAACCGCGGCGGAGUGUUCGUGACCAACGAGAAGGGGCUCGUGCCGCCCCUCGUCACCACAGACUUCAUCGUCGACGACAAGGGCAACUCUAGUCCUCGCUACAUACGGAGCUCGUUGUACAGCGUGCCGGUGACGGCUGACCUGCUGAAGCAGACUGCGAUGCCGUUCUGCCUCGUUAUCUCCCCGAUGGCGGAGACUGUGGGCCCGGAGCCGGAGCCCCCACUGCUGGACUUCGCGGCGCUCACUAACUCCCCGGCGAUGGGUCCGGUGCGGUGCUCCCGCUGCAAGGCCUACAUGUGCCCCAACAUGAAGUUCGUGGACGCGGGCAGGCAUUUCAAGUGCGCCUUCUGCAAGGCCACUACUGAAGUUCCGAUGGAGAUAAAUAACAAGCUGCCCAACCCGCCGGCGAUAGUGUUCGUAAUCGACGUGUCCUACAACUCGGUGAAAUGCGGCCUGCUCGAUACAAUCUGCGAGAACAUACUCGGCAUACUAGAGUCACUGCCCCGGGAUGAGCAGACAGGCGAGUGUUACACGCGCGUCGGGUUCAUCACGUACAGCUCCACAGUACACUUCUACAAUAUUAAGGAGUCGCUGUCGCAGCCGCAGCAGCUGUCGGUGGGCGACGUGGGCGACAUGUUCGUGCCGCUGCUGGAGGGGUUCCUGGCGCCGCCGCCCGCCGCGCCAGUGCUGCCCGCCCUGCUGCAGCAGCUCCCGGACCUGUUCAGGGACAACAAGGAGACGGAGACCAUCCUGCUGCCGGCCGUGCAGGCGGGAUUGGAAGCUCUGAAGGCUGCGGACACGUCUGGUCAACUCCUGGUGUUCCACACCUCAUUACCCACUUUCAACGCACCAGGGAAACUCAAUAAUCGCGAGGAGAGGAAACUCCUUGGGACCGAUAAGGAGAAGCAGAUAUUAGCGCCGCAGACGACGGCGUACAACGAGGCGGGCCAGGCCUGCUCGGCCGCCGGCGUCAGCGUGGAGCUGUUCCUCUGCAACAACUCGUACGCGGACGUCGCCACCAUCGGACAGCUGGCCAGGCUCACCGGCGGACACCUGCACAAGUACACCUACUUCACGGCGGAGUCGGACGGCGCGCGACUGGCGGCGGACGUGGCGCGGGUAGUGAACAGGCCCACCGCACACGACGCAGUGAUGCGCGUGCGCACCUCCACCGGCGUGCGGGCCACCGACUUCUACGGACACUUCUACAUGGCCAACACCACCGACGUGGAGCUGGCCGCGCUGGACGCGGACAAGGCCAUCGGCGUGGAGAUCAAGCACGACGACAAGCUGACGGGCGAGGAGGGCGUGUUCGUGCAGGCCGCGCUGCUGUACACGCACCGCUCGGGCCAGCGCCGGCUGCGAGUCCUCAACCUGGCGCUGGCCGUGGCCCAGCAGCUGGCCGACGUGUACCGCAGCACCGAGCUCGACACCUGCGUCGCCUUCCUCACCAAGCAGGCCGUGUGGGCGCUGCGGGACCUCACGCCCCGACAGGUGCGCGAGGGCCUGUCGUCGCGCUGCGCCCGUUCGCUGGCCACGUACCGGCGCCACUGUGCGUCGCCGUCGUCGGCCGGCCAGCUGGUGCUGCCCGAGUCCAUGAAGCUGCUGCCGCUCUACACCAGCUGUCUGCUGCGCUGCGACGCGCUCGCCGGUGGUCCGGAGAUGACGUGCGACGACCGGUCGUGCGCGAUGCUGCGCGCGCUGGCGGCGGACGUGCCGACGUCGCUGGUGUACACCUACCCGCGCCUGCUGCCGCUGCACGCGCUGCACCCCCCCGCCGCCCCCGCCCCGCUGCGGGCCUCCAUGGACAAGAUCGCGGACCACGGCGUCUACCUGCUCGAGAACGGCGUCCACAUGUUGGUGUGGGUGGGGUCGCAGGCGCCGGCGGAGCUGGUCCGCGACGUGUUCGGGGCGUCCUCCCCGCUGCACGUGGACACGCAGGCCGGGGAGCUGCCGUCGCUCCCCAACGCCUGCAGCGCGGCGGUCCGCGCCGUCCUCGACGACGCCCGCCGCCGCCGCCGCACCGCCAUGCGGUUCCCGCAUGCGCACUAUUCCCGUCUGGCUGUGACAGUUGCACAUAGUGACCCAACACGGCAACCAGGACACAGCCUUCCGGAGACACCUGGUGGAAGACCGCGGGCUCGACGGCAGCGACUCCUACCUCGACCACCUGCUGACGGUCCACAAGACCGUGCAGAAGCUCGUCUGACCGUGAUGCGUCAACACGACAAGCUGGAGACGGUGCUGCGGCACUUCCUGGUGGAGGACCGCGGCGUGGACGGCAGCGCCUCCUACGUGGACUACCUCUGCCACGUGCACAAGGAGGUGCGCGCGCUCCUAUAGCACCACCACUAGCGCGCACCACCGCGUCCUCACACGCCCUGCCGCGUCCUAACACCUCCUACCACGACCUACCGCGCCCUACCGCAUCCUACCUC